UCAUCAUCCAAAUAUUUUUGUAUUAAUUUGUUUUAAAUGUUAGAUUUCAUAUUAAUUGCUUUUUCAUAAGAAAAAUGUUGGUUCAUGGGCUUGUGAAAUAAUGUGUAUGAUAUUAUGAAAACGUAAGUGAUUAUAGUGUAAUUGUGUGCACUUGAAGUGUUUGUUUACAUGUACCUACCUAUGGAAAUUUCUAAAGAAUCAGACUUUAUUUAAUUCUUUAGUUUUCAUAAAUUUAUUAAUAAAAUUUAUUUAAGUAUAGGUAAUAUUUUUGAAGUCGGCGUGUCAUUGUCUGUUAAAUUGACUACUCUUCAUUCUCUCUCAUCUGGAACUACUCUUGCGCACUCACUUUGUGAUUUUGUUCGAUUUCUUAAAUUUGGUUGUUUCGUAUUUUUCUAUUUACGUUAAAUUGAACUUACUGUUGCUCCUUGUUGCUUUGCAAACGCUACAAUCUUUAUGUCGAGUUGAGUAUCCUCCUCGGCAUCUAGGAAUCGAAGACCUUGUGAAACUGUGCUGUGAAUUUCUAACUUUUAUUUAUUUUAUUAUUAAUUAAUUAUUUAAAGUGAUCAGUUUUGUGAAUGUGAAUUCAAUAAACUGGAAUCAUGCCCCAGAAGACAUGCUGUGUACCUGGCUGUUCAGUAACGACUUAUGAUGGUGUUACACUGCAUAACUUUCCUGACCCGGAAAAAAAUUCAAAAAAGUUUAACGUCUGGGUUGCAAAUAUUUAUGGCGAUUUAGCUACAUUGGAUGCAACAACAAAUUUUAUUAAGAGACGAGUAUGUCAUAAUCAUUUCGAGGAUGUUCAUAAAUAUCCUAAAAACCGACUCAGUCAAUUGGCAAUGCCAGUACUACAUUUACCAGAACGUGCCAAAACUGAAACAGAUUCAGAGUUUUCUGAACGUGCCAGAACUGAAACCGAUUCAGAGUCUUCUGAAGACGAAAAUUUGAUAAUGAAGUGUUGUGUUCCUGGCUGUAAGGAUCUAACAGAUUCAUCAUCCGCAAGACACUUACAUAGUUUCCCAAACCCUAUAACGGACCGAGAGCGAUACAGAAAAUGGAUGUUGGCAAUAUAUGGUGAAAAUGCUGAUGAUACUGACGAACACAAAGUGCGAAGAAUUUGUACAUCCCAUUUCGAAGCUAAAUACCAUUGUCGCUUUGGAAGAUUAAGCAAUAACGCUAUACCAACUCUAAACCUAUCAGAAUCAGAUAAUGAAUUAAAAUGCUCGGAUGUUGAGUAUCUUGAUGAAGAUUUAGAAGACGAUUUUUAUCUAGCAGACCCAUUAAAAGAAAGUCUUGAUAAAGAACAACCAACAAUCGCUGCUAAACUAGAACAGGAUUUCAAGAUGGCUCUAGACGAAAUUGACUUAUUAUUUUUGAGCUAUGCCAAAACAUUUCGGACGCUUAGCAAGCAAUUCCAAACGAUGUUGAAACUCGACAUGGCGAAACUAUUUACCCGUUACGAAAUAAAGAAUGAUAUGCUGAGUAAAUCUAAGGAAGAAAACCAAGAUACCGUUCCAGUGGAAUUUACGUUUCCUGUUGAGGAAACAUCCAAACCCUCAACGCUGCCGCCUAAAGACCCGAAAACAGUAUUUUUACGACAGGUUCCUUUGAAAACCGUCAUGUCUAGCUUGACGAAUAUUAGGACCUACAGUAAAUCUACCCCUAAAAUUAGAAUUUUGAACGAAACGAAAUUGCAGUCAAAAGAUAUUACAGAAAAAUCAAGUGUUGUUGAAGUUGUACCGACAAAACUUAAACCAAUUUAUAAGAAACCAAAGCUUAAACCCACGUCACCCGAUCCAAUAUCAACACAUGAAUCGAUUAUCACUAUUGAUGUAAAUAAUGAGGAUGAAACAACAAUUAAUGAAAUGCACACUCAAAAUGAAGAUGAUCCUGAACUGAUGAUGGAAGUUACAGAUCCAAUUAAAACUGAGACAGUUUUUGUAUUCUCGGAUGAUAUGGUUAAAAUUGUAGAUAAAACGUGACGUAGUAGCUAACUGUAAAUGGCUUGUAGCAUUUGGACUAUGCUGAAUACAACAUGCGUCCAUGUAUAAUGCUCUGGCGCAGUAAAUUACAUAUUAGUAAUAAUUAUAAUUUUCAUAUUUUUGUUGCUACGGUGAAAAUGGAUUAUAAUAUUAUAUUGCGUGACUCAUAUAUAACGAGCAUAAAUUGGUAUACAUUAAGGCUGAGUUGCACCACUUAAUUUUAAAGGUAACUAUUACGAUAACCUGUUUUUUUUUGUAUGGAGUUUGACAGGCUUUUGAUGUCUGUUAUAUAGUUAAAGUAUAGUAAGAUGUUGCAACCCAGCCUAAGAAUGGAAAAGUCUGCCUAAAUAGUAAUUUAAUUUUUAGCGUUAAGAGUUGCAUCUCAAACUACAUAAUUGGAAAAUUAUAAAUAACUUGAAAAAAUCGAACUGCCUAAGGCGGGAAUUGAACCCACGACCUUUCGCUUGCCGGGCGACUGCUCUUCCAACUGAGCUACUUAGACACUGGAUGAAUCCGUCGAAAUUUUCAAGUGUAAUACUAAUGUAAUAAUAAUAUAAUAAUUUUAAAGUUAUUUAUAAUUUUCAAAUGUGUACCUAAAUAUUUAUCAGCAAUUUUAUGUAUCAGUCUUGGAAUCAAAAUGUGUCCUGACACCCGUAUUCACAAACGAUGCUUGCUUAAGUGAAGCAGCAACGCUAUGCGAAGUCGAACGCACAGCGUUGAAUAGAGCUCUGUGAUUGGUUUAUGUGUGUCACUCCGCCACUAAACUAGUAUUGUCCAUGAAUAAGGUUUUUGGGACCCUGUGCGUCCGCGCACACUGUGAGACUUCAUCGUAAUGUUUGUGAAUACGGGUGUAAGUCGAAAAAAAGUGAGAAUUCGUCACUAGUAUUAAUUUGUAACAAAUCUACAAUAAUCGUUAUAAUAACCCCAGCUGCGUUUGUGAGUUCGAGUCUUACUGGGGCUAAAUUAUAUUAAUGUGAAGUGCAACAAGCAUUUAUUUGUAAAUUGUGUAUGCUUUUUCGUUAUUUACUUGACGCAGUACAGUCAGCGUCAAAUAAAUUCGUGACGCUCCAAAGUGGCCAAACAGUAACAAACUUAUUUCAAUGUAACAAAGAGGUGCGAACUUUAUAGAAAGAAAGAAACAUUAAUUACGAUGAACAUCACUUAGUUAAGGACAGAGAACGUAUACGGAAUAAAAGACAAAUAGCACAUAAAUAUUACAAGGAAAUAAAAAGUGAACUGAGCAGUGCUAUCCCGUCGCAACAGCGAUGCCCAUUGCAAUGGGACUCCACUCAGCAUAAUAAUAUGCUGUGGCCCACAGUGGGAAAGGCCAGUUUUCAGUGUGUUUAUGGUUUUUUGGGUGUCUCGAACUAUUUGAAGCUGACUUUACAAGUUCUGUUCUGUUUUAAUACAAAUUAAAAAAUAAUUAUUGAGCUAAAGUUCCGUUUAACCACUCGUGGUAAGCGAAUGGUGGUGAUUGGUGUGAAAGUUGGUAUAGUCUGGUCUGUAAGCACGUAGAAUUGUCGCGCUCGCACACUCACUGCGGGCGCCCGUUGCACAGUCGCGACAGCAAUAUAAUUACGCGAGAGCGAUAAGGGUGGGUAGCUUGGGGUCAUUGGACAAAAUUCUACGUGCUCACAGACCGGGCUUUAGAAUAUUAAAUAUUACUAAAGCUUCGGCCAAACCAACACGUGCAGCCUGCGUGCGCGAUAGCGAGUAGCGAUCACUGCGCAUGCAAAAGUUGUUCGCACGCAGUCUUCACGCGUUGUUUUGGCCGAACCUUAAGGAUUUAUUUCCUCUUAGACUGACGUCGUCGACCGACGCUGGCGGCGCACUAUGAUCGAAAAUGAGAUUUAUAAAUAUUGUUUUCCAGCCAAACUAUUAACUUUUCGAGGAACAGGUUUAAUAACAUUAUAUUCAUCAGAAUAACGUACUUACUUUUUUUCAUUUUUGAAACCUCAACUUCUGAACGGGCAACUUUAGACGCUGAUCAAGUAAGAUUAUAGUCAACAAACCAUAGAACAAGGCUCAAGUAGUUUUAAAGCAAGAUCUGUCAAGACUUGGUCAAAAUCGACCACUUUAUGUUUCAUUCCAUACAACGAAAAUGGAAAAUAUUUUUUCCAGCCAAACUAUCACUUUAAGAGAAAAACUUUUAAUGACAUUUAUUCAUCAGAAUGACGUAACCUAUCGAUUGGUAAUUUUUGAUAAUAGAAAUUAUAAAAAACAUCGCUAUGUCCAAAAAUCUAAUGUUCGAUCCAUAGUGCGGCGCGCGCACACUAGUUCUAUAAAGCACCGCACUGCAACGCUGUCGACAGCUGCAAUAGACCUAGGCUGAGGCACCACCUUACUUUAACCGUGACUAUAACGAUAACUGAUGUAUUUUGUAUGGAGUUUGACAGGUUUUUGAGGUUUGUUAAAAUCAAAGUAAGUUGGUGCAACCCAGCCCUAGUGUAUAUUCGUACGCACUACCAACAUCGGUCACAGACUUCAGCCUGAGGAAAUUGAGAGAGGAAAUUAUAAAUAUGUUUAUUUUCAUAUGAAUAGAUCUAAGAAUUUAUGUUCAUAAACUUUUUUAAGAAUGAAAGUCUGUUGUAAUGUAUAUAGUUAAAAAUAUUGUUACUAUUGUUAGUAAUAAUAGGAUGUGACACAACUAUUAAACUGAGAUACUUUUUA